CGCGACCAAGAUGGCGGCGCUCAGUGGUAGCGGGACGCGAUGGCGGCGGGCCUGGCUGCCCGCCCUGCAGCUGCUGCGGCGCGGCUCCAAGGCGGUGACGCGGCACUGGAAGGCCAUGCACUUCCAGCGGCAGAAGCUGCUGGCCCUGACCGAGUACCUGCCCCCGCGGCCCGCCCUGCCCCCGCGCUGCCUGCCCCGCCCCGCGCCCCGCCAGCAGCAGGAGGACGGCUAUGCCCGCGUGCUGCGUGCCCAGCUGGAGGCCACGCUGCGUGCCAGCCGCAUGGUGGCCGUGUGCCAGUUCAACGCCAUGGCCGACGAGGACGUGGCCACGCUGCGGCACUUCCUGCGCCGCCACGACAUCCACGUCAAGUUCGUGCUCAACGAGGUGGCCCGGCCGGUGCUGGCGCAGUCCAAGCUCAGGAAUCUGCUGCCGCUGUUCGUGUGCCGGAACAUCCUGCUGGUGAGCCCGGAGCCACGGGCCAGGGAGAUGCUGAGAGUGCUCAAGGGGGUGCCACAGGUCAACCUGCUGGGCGCCUGCAUCGACGACACCAUCCUGAGCCGGCAGGGGGUGGAGAACGUGGCCCGGCUGCCGCCCCUGGAGGUGUCCCAGGGCCAGACGGUGGCAGCGCUGUCCCUGCUGCCCUCGCAGACCUGCUCCCUGCUCCAGCGCGGCCCCGCUCACCUCACGGCGCUGCUGGAGCAGCACAUCCGGCGGCUGCGGGGCGCGGGCGGAGCCGCGGAGCCUCCCCCGGGCCCCGGCAACCACUGACACUGGGAGCCGGGAACCAGCUCCUGCCCUGGCCACGGGAAACGGGGAGCGCCCCGGCUGAGGGGCUGGAGGGUGGUGGACACAA